AGAGAGAGGUAAGUUGGAAGAGAGUCAUGCUUCGGUGGUAGGUACACCAGAUCCUUCACUUUGGUCUCAUUGCAUAGAGUUAUGAACUGUGCCUACACCUAACAUUUUCCCCAUCUCUAUCUUUUCUUCUCUCCCUCUAAACCAAACCCAACCAAAGCCCCUCUCUGCAAGCAAAACUUAAACUAGGAAUUAAGCCCAUUCUUUAUAAAUUGCUACAAAGGGUUGGGUUUUGUUCUUAAGAUCAUGGAUUUGGAGUUCCUGCAAUCCAUGGAUGUUCAGAUUCUUGUUGGUGUAGGAGUAGCUGUUUUAGCCAUUCUUGUUGCUGCUGCUUAUCUCUUUUCCUCCUGGAAACCCAAAGGCUGCCUCGAUCCGGAAAAUUUCAGAGGGUUUAAGCUUGUCAAGCGCCAGCAGCUGAGUCAUAAUGUGGCGAAGUUCACAUUUGAACUUCCUACUCCUACUUCAGUUUUGGGUCUUCCCAUCGGACAGCAUAUAAGUUGCAGGGGCAAGGAUAGCCAAGGUGAGGAGGUUAUUAAACCAUAUACACCUACUACAUUGGAUUCUGAUGUUGGUCAUUUUGAAUUAGUUAUUAAGAUGUAUCCUCAAGGAAGGAUGUCACACCAUUUCAGAGAGUUGCGUGUUGGUGAUUAUCUUGCUGUGAAGGGUCCCAAGGGGCGGUUCAGGUAUCAACCUGGUCAAGUUAGAGCAUUUGGGAUGAUUGCUGGAGGCUCUGGCAUUACUCCAAUGUUCCAAGUAGCCAGAGCCAUAUUGGAGAACCCAAAAGACAUGACAAACGUACGCCUUAUUUAUGCCAAUGUUACAUAUGAGGACAUUCUUUUGAAGGAAGAGUUGGAUAGCCUUGUUGCCAAGUACCCUGGUCGCUUCAAAGUCUACUAUGUUUUGAACCAGCCUCCUGAAGUCUGGAAUGGAGGUGUCGGCUUUGUGUCAAAGGAAAUGAUUCAGACCCACUGCCCAGCACCAGCUCCUGAUAUCAAGAUUCUAAGGUGUGGCCCUCCACCGAUGAACAAAGCCAUGGCUGGCCAUCUUGAUGCUCUCGGCUAUUCACCUGAGAUUCAGUUCCAGUUCUAAUCCCGCUAGACGAGGUCAAGCUUUACUCAGACCGAUUUUAAUCUUCUUCAUUGGUGAGAACAAAACCAUUUGCUAUCAACUCUUGUUGUAAUUCGAACUUUUUAAGCAUUGGAACCAAGAUUCAGAUGUUUUUAACUGUUAUUACAAGGGUUUUCCAUGGCCAUGUAGUUGAAUAAUAUAGAGUUAUUGAAGCAAGUAGACCCUUUAUAUUUUUCA